GCUCCAAUUUUGGCAUUCCAAUCAGUUUCCAAAUCCCUUUCAAAACAGAUCGAAUGUAACAGAAGCCAUCGGAUCGGACUGGGCUGGAUUGGGAGCAGCCAGAGGACAUAAUCCCGGAGGAGCACCAACUGUCAGCGAGAGAUGGAGAAAUCCCGGGCCAAGGGAGCUGCCGCCCGGGCAGGAUCUGUGAUGCGAGCGGUGGCCAAGAGUAGGGGCAUCGCCCGUCUACCCGGCGCCCUGGGCAUCACCAUCGGUGGCGAGGUCAACGGCCCGCCCGACCCCCAGGACGAACGGGACUCCAGCCUGCCGCCGCAUCACGGUGGUGUUGGCUUUGCCGGUGGUGGUGCUGAUAUCAUACCGGAUCCCGACUCCCACAUCCGUUUCGGUAGCGAUGAGAGCGGUGGCGGCAUCGUCUUCGGGGAAGCCAACUCGAUCUUCGGCCGGGACACCUACGAGGAGCUCGGCCAGGCCAACCAGGGCCGGACGUUGAGCUCGGCGCCGACCUGCCACGGCGGCUGGAACAGUCAGCCCGGGUCGACGGUGGCCCACCAGGGACGUGACACCCUCGGCUUUGCCUUCCAUCUGGGCACCGCCACCCUGGGCCAUACCCGCUGCUCCCUGGGUGCGCCCUGUGACGAGGAUUGCGGCUACGGCACCGGAUGUGAUGCCGGAUGUGCCACCGCCCACGGCCAGGGCUCCGUCAGCAGUGAUCCGUAUGGUGGCGUUGUCACGGGUAUGGGCACCGGUAUUGCCAUGGUCCAUGGCGGUGUACCCGGUGGCUAUCCGGGUGGGGGUCCUGGUGGUGGCGGACAGCCGGGCGGACAGCCGCCUGGAGGCAAUGUGGCAUGGCGGCCGGGUGGCAACUUCAAGGCCGGACCGGGUGGCGGAGGUGGGGGUGGACAGCGCGGCUCCUACGGCAUGGAGGGCAUGGGCGGGGAUCAGCUCAACUUCUUCAUCACAUUCCUGCUGGAGGUGCUGGGCGUAUUGGUCUUCUUUGCCAUCUGCACCAUCACCUUCUGGAUCACACUGGGCUACCAUGUCGUCACACUACUGGUGGAUUUGAAGAACGCCGAACGGAACGUCCAGGUGGCGGUGGGCAUUAUAUUUGGUGUUCUGCUCCUGGCCUUCGCCAUAUCGAUGAUAACGAACCGGAGCGGGUCCUGCUGCCAUGCCAGGGACCGUCAUCGGUACCGUUCGAGCCGGUCCAGUUGCUCCUUUACGCGGCACAAGCCCAAGCCGAAGCCCAAGCACCGCGGCUGCCCCCACAAGCCGGCCGGCUGUCCCGCCCAGCACAAGUGCAAGAAGGCCGCCUCCUCCGAGCGGCGGAGGAGCCCGUGUGGGAUGAAAGUGGAGCACCAUUCGCCGUGCCGGCGGAAGCCACGCUACUCGGACUGCGAGGGCCGGGCCAUCUUCAUCAACUCCCGGCGCUAUGCCAUUCCCACGGAAAUGAAACAGCCGCCGACGAUGGUGCUCUGGUUGCGUGACAUGAUCAGUCGCUGGAUGCAGUAGCAGGAUGCGGCAGUCCUUCAGUAUAUUCCUCCGUCCGCCGCCCACUUGCCUCCUCCCUCCGGGAACCGCCCCUCUGUGCUAAGAAUCUUGAAAGGACCUCAAAGGACCCAUUUUUUCCCCUACAAAUUUCAGUUCGAAUUAAAUUUUUCCAAGCCACGGCGGAAGGAGUAGAGUGGACACGUAAGAACAGUGUAUAGACUA